AUGCCAAGAAGAAAAAAUUGGAGGGUAGCAGAGGCUAAACGUGGUGUGAAAAACCCACAGCAACAGAGACUGACAGACUUGACUGGGGAUACUGGCCCCAUAAACAGUACUAGAAUUGACCUUGACCUGGGUGAUACUGACACCCUCAACAACAGUUACUCAAAAAAUAUGGGGGAUGCUGACCUCCACACAAAUAUAAACAACAGUAACUCAAAUAACAUGGGGGAUACUGACCUCCACUCAAAUAUAAACAACAGUAACUUGAAACUACUUGAAAAAUCUGAAUUGAAUAAACUUGAAAUAUCUGAACCACAUAUACUUGAAAUAUCAGAAUCAAAUGAACUUGAAAUAUCUGAAUUAGAUAAACUUGAACUAUCUGAGUUGAAUCAAAACAGUAACAAUAACUGUGCAAAAGAAUUGAAUCAAAACAGUAACAAUAACUGUGCAAAAGAAACUUAUCAUAUACAAACAGAUUUUCUGUUAAAUGAAUUAAACAAUAGUUAUGCAAGAAAAGAUUAUCAUAGUAAUAUCCAAACUGAUCUGUUGCAAGACCAAAAUGAACAACCUAGAAAUAAUUCAGAAGAGGUGCUAUCAAAAUUUGUCAAUUCUUCUAAUGCAAACUUUAUUAAAUUUGGAACUUUUGACCAGUAUGCCACAAAAUUUGCUGAUCAAAGCAGGGGAAACCAAUGUACUUGUAAUUGCUUAGUUUUCUUAUCACUCUCUACUUUAAAUUUUGAUUCAAACACAUUGAACCUGGAUUACAUUUUAAAUAAAGGAGAUGAAAUUUACAGGAAACAUGUUCAAGAAUUAACAACACAGGGAUUAUUUAAAAAUAUGCUAUUGAAUUUUGAUGAAAUUCCUGUCAAAAUUGAAAUUCCUGAAGGGAUUUUUAUAAUUAACAAACAAAAUAUUCUGUUUGGUAUAGCUUUACAGUACCAAGAAUUGACUGGAUUUCUCACAUUACAAGAAGCAAUUCAAAAUUGUAUUAAGCAGUCAAACACAUUUCUUAUAAUGAUUGGAGCCAUAUGUUCGGCAGUUUAUUAUUAUAAUCAUAUAUACUAUUUUUUUGACACUCAUUCUCAUUCAGAAUGUACACUGAAUAAUCCAUUAGAUUCCUCUGGCAAAAGUAUUUUGAUUGGAUUUGCUGACUUACAUGACCUCCUCAGUUACUUGUAUGCUUUUUACACAAGUUUACAAAUUGAUUUAGACUCUCAAUAUGAAAUUUUACCUAUAUGUAUCACUAUCAGUAGUAAAGAUGCUGAGAAAGAUGUGACCAAGCAGAUUAAGAAUUAUUUCGAUGAUCAGAAACUAAGGAACAUAAAACAAAAAAAUAAUUCUUACCAAAAGACUGAAGCAGAUAGAAAGAAGUCUCAGAGAGAAAAUUCAGAUAUAAGACAGAUAGUAAGACAAAGAGAACUUGUUGCUAAAAGAGAUGCUAGAAAGAAUGAAGAUUUCAAUAAAAGAGAACUUGCUGCUAAAAGAAUAGUAAGAAAGGAUACAAAUUAUAGAAGGGCUGAAGCUGAAAGUAAAAAGUCUCAAAGAAAUAAUUCUGAUUUAAGACAGAUAGAAAGACAAAGAGAACUUGUUGCUAAAAGAGAUGCUAGAAAGAAUAAAGAUUUCAAUAAAAGAGAACUUGCUGCUAAAAGAAUAGUAAGAAAGGAUACAAAUUAUAGAAGGGCUGAAGCUGAAAGUAAAAAGUCUCAAAGAAAUAAUUCUGAUUUAAGACAGAUAGAAAGACAAAGAGAACUUGUUGCUAAAAGAGAUGCUAGAAAGAAUAAAGAUUUCAGUCAAAGAGAACUUGCUGCUAAAAGAGAGGCUAGAAAGAAUGAAGAUUUCAAUAAAAGAGAACUUGCUGCUAAAAGAGAAGUAAGAAAGGAUACAAAUUAUAGAAGGGCUGAAGCUGAAAGUAAAAAGUCUCAUAGAGAUAAUUCUGAUUUAAGACAGAUAGAAAGACAAAGAGAACUUGUUGCUAAAAGAGAUGCUAGAAAGAAUGAAGAUUUCAAUCAAAGAGAACUUGCUGCUAAAAGAGAGGCUAGAAAGAAUGAUGUUUUCAAAAGAAAUGAAACAGAAAAGAAAAAAAUUGCCAGACAAGAUGAAGACUACAGAAAACAUGAGUCCGAACGGGACUCUCAUAGAAAACAAGAAUAUAGAUCACAUCCGGAAAAUUUAGAACAUGAGCGAUUGAAAAAACAGAGUUCUAGACAGAACAAAUUAGAUAUAGACAGAUGUUAUGAUAAGACAAUUAAAAUUAAUUCUAAAACUGUCAAAAUGACCACUCCUGCUAAUAUGUCACAUGUCUUUACUAAUUUUAAAUCUGUACAAGACAUAGAAUGGAUAUGUCAUACUUGUCUCAAUGCAAUAAAAAAACAAAGAAUUCCUCGAUUUUCGAUAGCCAAUAAAAUGGGAUUUCCCCAAAGACCAAAAGAACUAAAUUUGUAUCCUUUAGAAGAGAGACUGUUAUCAUUAAGAAUUCCUUUUAUGCAGAUUCGACAGUUGCCAAGAGGUGGACAGUUAUCAGUUAAAGGCAAUGUUGUAAAUGUGCCUGUUGAAGUUCAACCUACAAUAAAUUCUCUUCCACAUACAAUAGAGAAAUCAGGUACAAUAUCAGUUAAACUGAAGAAGAAGCUGGAAUUCAAAAAGUGUGAUUUUAGUGAAAAUGUGAGACCUUUUGCUGUCAUUUGUGCAUUACAUUAUUUGAUGAGAACAAGUGACUUGUACAAGUCUUCUGGCAUAGAAAUAAAUGAGGAUUGGAUUACCGAAAUCGCUAAAAUAAAUGAAGAAGAAACACAAAAUGAAAACAAUAGUGCAGAACAAGAGAAUGACCAAGAUCAGAAUGAUUCAGAUAAUGACUCCGAUCAUUUCAGUGAAGUAGAUGAAAGUGAAACGCAUGUUGGAAACACAGAUACACUGUUAGAUCACAUUCCAGACGACAAUCCACUAUGUGAUGCAGGUUUAACUUUUGCUCCUGGUGAAGGUCAACGACCAAUUAGUCUCUACAGUGAUCCUGAUGCAGAGUACUUAUCUUUUCCAACUAUAUUCUGUGGUCAACGAAGGCCAGAUAACAAAGACAGGUCUGUCUCUGUUCACUUUACUGAUAUUGUCAAAUGGGAACUAAGGUCCAUGGAUAGGAGAGUAGCACAGUCUGUACCAAAUAUAUUUUUCAAGUUAAAAAAAAUUCAGUUAAAAAACAUAAGUGAUAAGGUCAAUCUUGCUCUAAGAAGGUGUCAAUCAGAAGGAAAAAAAUGGACAGCAAAAGAUGUACUCAAUCCUAACACUGUAAAUGAUCUUGUAAGAUUAGAUGAAGGUUAUUAUAUCUUUAGAAGUUUAAGAAAUUCUCCAGUAUACCUUGAAAAGAGGAAGAAAGAUUUGUUUGCAAUGAUCAGACAGUUGGGUCUUCCAACAUGGUUUGGCUCUCUUUCAUCUGCAGACACUAAUUGGAAAGAUUUGUUACGAAUUCUUGGCAAAUUAAAUGAUGGCAAAGAAUAUACUGACAAUGAAUUGGAAGGAAUGGAUUGGCAUCAGAAAUCUAAACUUGUUCAGAAAGACCCUGUGACAUGCUCUAGAUAUUUUGAUUAUCGUGUCCAACAGUUUAUUAACUUGGUGUUGAAAAGUGAUCAUGAUCCUAUUGGAAAAUUGACAGAUUUUUUUUAUAGAGUUGAAUUUCAACAGAGAGGUUCACCCCAUAUUCAUAUCUUGAUCUGGAUUGAAAAUGCACCAGUUUAUGAAAGUGAUUCAAAUGAAGAUGUUGUAGCAUUUAUUGAUAAAUAUGUCUCCUGUUCACUUUUAGAAAAUAAUACUAAUUUAGUCAAUUUGCAGGUUCAUAAACAUUCAAAAACAUGCAGAAAAAAAGGUCACCCAAUUUGUCGUUUUGGUUUCCCCCUUCCACCUAUGAAAGCAACAGUAAUCUUAGAGCCUUUAAAAGAAAAUGAUGACAUAGAAAAGUACAAAGCUAUAUAUAAAGAAAUACAAAACGAAAUUAAUACACUUCACAAUGCUGAAGAUAUAGACCAGAUGACAUAUGACAUGUUUUUAGAUGAUGUGUUACAAAUGGAUGAUGAAAAUUAUAUUAAGGCCAUAAGAAGCAACUUGAGUGGUCCAAAAGUUUUUCUCAAACGAAAACCAUCUGAAGUCCGUGUUAAUGGUUACAUGAAAACUGUGUUGAUAGCCUGGCAAGCAAAUCAUGAUUUACAGUAUGUUUUAGAUGCAUUUGCAUGUGCAGUGUAUAUUGUUUCAUAUAUAAGCAAGUCACAAAAAGGUAUGAGUGCAUUACUAGACCAAGCAGCAAAAGAAGCACGACAGGGAAAUUUAGACUUGAAGCAUCAAGUAAGGCACAUUGGGAAUUACUUUUCAAAUUCUGUUGAAACAAGCGCACAAGAAGCAACAUACUUAACACUACAGAUGCCUUUAACAAAAGCUACAAGACAAGUCGUAUUCAUUAACACGUCUCCACAACACAAAAGAACUUUUCUCCUCAAGCAAUCAUCGGUUCUAGAAAAGCUAGGCCCAGACUCUACUGAAAUAGAAUCAGACAAUGAUAUUAAAAGGUACUCGCGUAGACCAAAACAACUGGAGAACUGGUGUUUAGCAGAUUAUGUAUCUCAGCUUGAAUUGCAGUAUCCUAAAACUGAGUCCUCAGAUGAUCACGAAACAGAAGAAAAAGAUCAUGAAUCUGAUAAUGAAAAUGAAGCGGCAAAUGCAGAUAUUAUAGAAGAAAUCAAUAACAAAAUCGACAUAACCCUGAAGAAUGGUAUUCGAAUAUAUCAAAGAAAAACACCUAAGGUUAUAAGAUAUGUUAAAUACAAUUACAAGACUGACUCUGAAAACUUCUACAGAGAACGCUUAAUGUUAUUUUAUCCAUGGAGAAAUGAACUUUCAGAUUUGCAAUGCGAACAUGAAACAUUCGAAAACAUGUACUUGACCGUUGCAAGAAUUUUAGAAAAAAAAGCUAAGCAAUAUGAAGGAAAAGUGAUAGACCUAGAGAAAGCUAUAGAAGAGGCAGAAAACGAUUGUAAUGAGAAUGAUCAAAUAGCACCUGCCACACAGCAAGUAGAAAUGGAAGAUGCUGAAAUAGGCCCAACAGAAUCUGAACAGUAUGUACAUUUCAAUCAAGAUAGACCAACAGAACAUAGACUGUAUGAUAUGUCCCGUGAAGUUGGAAUAGAAGCAAGAACAGUAGAAUUGACAAAUCAUGCAAACAGAAUAAGUGAGAGGGAUUAUUUUGAUUUGAUAAGAUCCUUGAAUAAGAAACAGUGGGAAUUUUUCCAACAUGUUGUCACAUGGGUUAAAACAAAACAUGAACCAUUUUAUACAUUUUUGACAGGUGGAGCAGGAUGUGGAAAAUCUGUAGUUGUAAGAACAAUAUUUCAAGCUUUACACAGACACUUAUGUUCUAUUGAAGGUGAGGACCCUGACGAUAUUAGAAUUCUUCUUUGUGCUCCUACUGGAAAGGCAGCUUACAAUAUAAAUGGUCUGACCAUUCACAAUGCUUUCCAGAUACAACCAAAUAAAGGACUUGACCAGUCAUUGUCAUGCGAUGUUCUCAAUACACUAAGAAUGAAAUACAGAAAUUUGUCUCUGAUUUUGAUUGAUGAAAUUUCAAUGGUUGGAAAUAAAAUGUUCUCUUUACUGGAGAGAAGGCUGAAAAAAAUCAAGGGAAGCAACUGUUCAUUUGGUGGCGUGAGUAUCAUAGCUAUUGGUGACUUUUUCCAACUCCAACCUGUAUUUGACAGCUGGAUUUUCAAUGAUCUAAGCAAAGGAUUAACAGCAUUAGCUCCUAAUUACUGGAAAUUAUUAUUUUCUUUUCAUGAACUAACUGAAAUAAUGAGACAAAAAGAUGAUUUGGAAUUUGCUCAAUUACUAAAUAGGUUGAGACAAAAUCAGCUGACUGAAAAUGAUUUUGCAGUUUUAAAUACAAGAACUGUUUCAAUCAGUGAUCCAACAUACAGAACUAAUGCUACUCAUUUGUUUGUUGAAAAUGCUUUAGUGGAUAAUUUUAAUUUGCAAUACAUAUCUAAAUUAGGCUCACAAAAGGUUAAAGUUACAGCAGUUGACACAGUUUGUGGGGAUUUACCAGCAUCUGUAAAAACAAAAUUACUUAGUUCUUUACCAGAAAAACAGUCUGAUACAGCAAACCUUGCAAAGGAAGUAGUAUUAGCAAUUGGGAUGAAAUAUGAUCUUACAGCUAAUAUUGAAGUCACUGAUGGUCUCACAAAUGGUUCAACUUGUGAACUUAAAUUGAUAGAGUGCAAAACGAAAUCUAUAAGACCAAGUAUCAUAUGGGUUAAGUUUGAGGAUGCCAGAAUUGGUGCUAACAAUAGAAGAAAAUAUUCACACUUGUUUGGAAAAGAUGUUGAAAUUACAUGGACUCCAAUGUUUGACAUUAAAAGGUCAUUUACUUAUAAAUAUAAGACCUUUGAAAGAAUUCAAUUUCCUCUUCGUCCAGCAGCUGGAAAAACAAUUCAUAAAUCGCAAGGAGAUACAUUACAAGAAGUUGUUGUUAGUCUGAAAUCAAAACGUAAAGGAAAAAUUCCACAUAUUCACUAUGUUGCACUAAGCAGAGUCACAUCUUUAACUGGAUUACAGAUAUUAGAUCUCAAUCAACAAGCAAUAGCUGUAGCAGAGUGUGUUCGACAAGAAUUACACAGACUAAGGACAGAUGCAACUCUACAGUUGUGCUUUAAGCCAUUGUAUAAUUUAUCAAGUAACUAUUUUAAAGUCGUUUUCAACAACUCAAGGUCAUUGCAUGCUCACUUUAAUGAUAUAAAAUCAGACCCUAACAUCUUGGAUGCUGAUGUUAUUGGUAUUGCUGAAUCAAGACUUAUAUCAACAGAUGAAAAUGGGGAUUUUCAUUUACCUGGUUUUGAACCACCAGUUCGGUUAGACCAAAAGCAAACAAGCUUUAAUACAAGACCACCUCAUGGAUUGGUAUUAUAUUAUCGAAAUAAUUGUAUUCUUCACAAUACAGUCACUUUCUCAACUCCAUCGUUAGAGUUUGUUAUAGCAGACAUAAUAUCACCUAGCAAAGGUGUUUUUCAGAUUGUAUUUGUUUACAAGGCACCAAACUGCAAAUUGCAACAACUAAAAGAUACUUUCCUUGCAAAUCUUCUUCCUGAUGUGUAUUUAAGACUUCCAAAAAUUAUCAUAAUGGGAGACUUUAAUAUUGAUUUAAACACUGGGAACACUUCUUUUUUAAAGUUCAUGAGAGAUUCAUUUUGCUGUUCACAAAUUGUGUCUAAACCUACUACAUCUUCUGGUACACUGUUGGACUUAAUUUUCCUAAAUUUUGAUAGUAAGAUAAACUUUGAAACAGAUGUUCUUGAUUCCUAUUGGUCAGAUCAUAAAGUUAUAUAUGUAGCCAUUGAAACACAAUGA